UUGAUGUUAUUCCUAAUUCGAGUGAAAAAUAUAUUUCAUUUAGCAAAGAAAUUUCCAAAACUAUGAAAAUAAAAUUCAUAGAUACGUUUAGAUUUAUGUCAGAGCCUUUAAGUACGCUUGCUAAUAAUUUAGCCGAAGACAAAUCUAGGUUUAAAGAGACAUUACGAUUUUUUUCAAUAGAUAAAUUAGAUUUAGUAUGUCGUAAAGGUUGUUUCCCCUACGAAUACGUGAAUAACUGGGAUAAACUUGAACAGACUUAUUUACCAUCCAAAAAACACUUUUACAACUCACUAAAUGAUGAAGAAAUCAGUAACCAAGAUUAUAACCAUGCGAAAACUGUUUGGAAUACAUUUAGAAUAAAAACUUUAGGUGAAUAUUCUGAUCACUAUCUGUUGACUGAUAUUUUAAUAUUAGCCGAUGUUUUCGAGUCAUUUCGAAAUCUUUGUAUGAACACAUUUCAUCUUGAUGCAUCACAUUAUUUUACAGCUCCAGGAUUCGCAUUCCAAGCAAUGUUGAAAUUUACUAAUGUUGAACUUGAAAGGCUAAAAGAUUAUGAUAUGCAUCUCAUGCUUGAAGCCGGUAUUCGCGGAGGUAUCUGUAACAGUGUUAAACGACACGUAAAAGCUAAUAUCCCUAAUGUCGAGGGAAUUAAUUACAAUCCUGAUAAACCCACGUCUUGGCUUACAUAUUUUGACUGUGUAAACCUCUAUGGGAAAGCUAUGCUAUCGGUUUUACCUUUUCGUAAUUUCGAAUGGUUAGAAGAUUUAUCAUUAGAUAUUACAACAAUACCAAACAAUUCAAAGUAUGGUUAUAUAUUAGAAGUUGAUGUUGAUUACCCUGAGCAUUUACACAAUGAUCAUAACGAUUUCCCAUUUUUACCCGAAUUUACAUUCCCACCUAAUUCAAAGGUGAAAAAAUUGAUGACUACUUUUAAUCCUAAACGAAAUUAUGUUGUACAUUAUCGUUCACUGAAGCAAGCUAUCGCAAACGGAUUAGUUGUGACAAAAGUACAUAGAAUUGUUAAAUUCGAGCAAAAGAAAUGGAUGGCACCCUACGUGAAACUUUGUACUGAAAUGAGACGAAACGCAACAAAUGAGUUUGAAAAAGCGUUUUGGAAACUCGCUAUCAAUUCUGUUUUUGGAAAAUGUAUGGAAAACGUGAGAAAACGUAUGAAUAUGAAAUUGGUGACAACUGAUCGACAGGCACAUCGUUUAAUGAUAAAACCUAGUUUUAAAGAUCGUACAAUUUAUUCUAAUAAUCUAAUGGCUAUACACAUGUUCAAGGAGAAACUUAAAUUUGAUAAACCCAUAUAUGUAGGAUUAGCUAUUCUAGAUAUUUCCAAAACUGUUAUGUAUAAUUUUCACUAUAAUGUAAUGAAGCCUAAGUAUGGUCGCAACAUUAGAUUAUGCUACUCCGAUACAGAUUCCUUAAUCUAUGAAAUUAUUACAGACGAUUUUAUGACUGAUCUCACAAAUGAUUUGUCACCAUAUUUCGAUACAUCAAAUUUUCCCAAAGAUCAUCCAUGUUUUUCAGAAAGGAGGAAGAAUGUACCAGGUUACUUUAAAGAUGAAUUAAAAAGUUUGAUUUUACUUGAAUUUGUAACCUUGCGACCGAAACUGUAUGCUUUUAAUGUUGGAGGAAAGGAAACAAAGAAAGCAAAAGGAGUAAAAAAGUAUGUGAUUGAAAAAAAUAUGAAAAUGGAACAUUAUAUCAGCGUUUUAAAAGCAUAUUCUAGUCAAAACACUUUUAGUCAGAACAAUACAAUAACAUAUCAAUCUAUGAACACAAUUCAAUCAGAAAAACAUCAAGUAUAUUCAAAAAAAAUUUACAAACUCGCACUUAGUGCAAGCGAUGACAAGCGAAUAAUAUUGGAAAAUGGGAUAGAUACAAUAGCACAUGGUCACUACAAAUAUUUAUGAACAUUAUAAAAUUUAAAUAUGUAAAUAAUUUUAUAUGUUAAAAAAAUUAUUUAAAUAAUUCUGUUAUUUAGAUGGCGCGAUUCAACCGUUUCUUGGAAAUUUUUCGAACAUUUCGUUCACUCAAUGUAACUGCAGCAAUGCCUGGAGAAUUAGCUCUUAUUUUUAUCUUUGAGACAGACGAUGAUUUUAAUCAAACAAUUGAUGACGUUUCAGAAACAGAUAUCAUACUAUUUUAUCAUAAUAGAGAGCUUGAUGAUGAAAAACUAAAAGAGAUAUUUCCAUCGUUUGUACCAACGAUAGAUAAUGGUGCCAAGUAUGUGUAUCCCAUCGGUCAUAUACUUGAUGGCAAUGCACGUAUUGUGCUACGCAAGUGGAGGAAUGAACAUGCAGGUGGUACAUACUAUGUUAGGAGAAGACCGGAUUACGUAGUCAUAAAUGAUAUUUUGAAAAUAUUUCUACAUCCAUCCAUUGAGCAAUUCGAUAUGAAUGCUGCAGUAACCAUAAACGAUAACGGUGAAGUUUUGUCUUUAUUGGCAUCAAAUCCUACAUUUAAACGUACUGUAUGUGGUGGUCAUAAAAAACUAAAUAUGUACCACUUUGAACGGAUAGAGUCUACCAUUUUUUCUAGACCGGUAUUGGGUAUUGUCAAUUGCAUCCAUCAUUCAACCACCAAUAGAGAUGAACGGGUACAAAUGAAGUGUAGACUGGAUAAAAUCUUCCUCGCUGGCUCUGAAAGAUCAGCAUAUAAACUACAAGAUCCUAACUGGUUUAACAUUUUAUAUUAGUCAACUAGACACAUAAAUCUUUAAUUUUUAAAUAUAUA